AUGCCGUCAGGUCCUCUUUCACCAUCUCAGUCCAGAACUUCCGUUUUCGGCCAGGUGGCUUCUUCCAGCUUGAACCCGGCAAACUCCUCUGAGCUCGUUGAACAAGGCGAUCUGCCGGUCUCAUUAAUAUAUGACCAAAGAAGCGAAGACGAUUUACUGCAGCCACUCUCGAUGGCGGUGCAAGAUGGUGAUAUCUUCCACAUGUCGUCCGUCGGUAUACCACAUCAAUUUCCGCGUAAAGAUCUUCAUUGUGGCAUACCCUCGGGCAAAAGUGGCCAAGAAGACGUCUACGCGGCUUUCAUUCCACGUAGUCAAGCUUUUCCACCACCAUCGACGGCGCUGCGCAAGUCUCUGACGGAUACAUCAUGA